CAUGCCAGCGGCACCUCUCACUGGUUAGAUAUCGGGGGCUGUAUAGUAUGCCAGCGUUGUAGUAUGUCAUAGAACACAAAUUACCUCUUUCUGGCUCUUCCUCUGUUGCCUGUCUUUUUGCCUGACUUUUCCUCUGCCCCUGUCGCCUCUCCGCUCGCGUCCGCGCCGUCCCCAGGACUUCUCCGUCUGACGGUCCCUGUUGACACAGCAACGAAUUCUUCCUCACUGUCCGAGUCUCCUAGAUUGAAAAGAAUCGGCAUCUCAAACCCACCCGGAUGAUCGCCAACACCUACCAAUCCAAUGGUCAUGACGUCAACAUCCCCAUCUUCCUGAUCCAGCUUGCGCUUCUUGAUCUCCUCCUGGGGGUGGAUGUCAAACUCGUCCUCCCUUUCCAUGUACUCGACAUUCUCCUCCACCUCGACAAAAUCCGGCGCCAAGGCUGACCAGCGCUGUGGGCUCGUCACACUCCAGAUGUUGAUACGGCCAGUCUCUAGUCCACAUGCUGCCAGUAAGGCCUUGGAAGGGUGCCAUUCUAUGACGCCCUGCUCUUCUUUGGGCCCCUCAAGCAUCCGCACGAGGCUCCCGUGCCCACGCUCCCAGAUGUAUAGCUCGUGGUUGUUGUACGUGGAGGCCACCACGUACUCUCCUGUGCAGCUGAAGGUGACGUGGUUCCAGGAGCAGCGAUUCACCACAUCCUCAAACUUGUGCUCGAUAGGCAGCUGGAUCGUAUCGGAGUCGAGAUCCUCUGCUGAGAGGUCGGGUAGGUGAAACGUCUUGAUGACCUUGUCCUGGCCAUUUACGAGCAGCCCCCGCCCUGACCGCGUCAGCUUGAGCGUUGUGACUACACCGCUGCACACCUUGAGUUGUGUGUAUAUUAUCUCGUGGGUUCGCGCGUCGAUGAUGUUCAGAUUGCCCUUGCUCGUGCCCGCGAGAAUGUGGUCGCCGGACUUGGUGUAGAUCGUCACUGUGGUCAUAUGCCUCGCGUCAUCCUUCUUCUGGCGUGCUCUCUUCUCUGCGUCUUCUUCGACCUUGACGCGCCUGGGUGCUGUUGCUAGGACGUGUUUCUGUGCAACGGGCUCAGAUAUGUCGACAAGGAGUGGUUGCUCUUCGUAGAGGGAAACGACAAACUGAAGGCUGGGGCCGGUCAGUGCUGGCUGGCUCGUGGGGUCACCCGAGAUGGUGGGUGUACUGACUGGUUCAAAGGGUGAAGCUCUGCAAUGUACACGGGUGCCUUAAAUCGGACCUGGCGGUGAGGUUUCCCAUCCUUGAGAUCCCAUAGUACUGCCUUCCACCCCUGGCACGCGGACAACAGGUAUCGCCCACACCGGGACCAACUCAGGGAAGAAAUGCUCUUUGAAUGGCCCCGGAGCUUGCGAGCGACACCCAUGGUGUCCAGGUCCCAUAUUACGACAGUACCAUCAACGCGGCCUGAGGCGAGAUAAUCGCCCUUGUGGUUGAAGCGCAGACAUGUCGCAUGGCCGGAUCGGAUGGUGUUGGUGAUGUUUUCGGGGUAGUCCUGGAGGAGAUAGUCGUCUGAGAGCAACAGAUUCAUCUCUGGCGAAUUUUAUGCCCCGUGUGUAGGCUUAAGAGCUGCAGCCGGUUGCCUUGGCCCAAGGGCGACCCUGAGACAUGGACGUGACGGUGUUUUGUGGUGCACUUGGUCGGGCUGGUCCCGAUCUGCAAGGCUGAGAAUAGCUGGGGUGGUCGAUCAUCUCUGGCUGGCUGGCGGCUGGCUGGAAAUUUUGGGAGUGACGCUAUGAUGCAAGGGUCGGGCCCCAGACCCAUUGGCGCGGCGGGGAGUCGUCAGGGAUCCAGCUGCCAGCUGCCACAUGCCGCGUGGGGGGCCCGCUUCAUCCCAAAAACCCGGAGCCGGUGCUGGCACCGCACGGUCAUACACUAGGAUUGAGCAUUUGAGCAUUUGUUCUGUUGGUGCGGACCGCUCUACCCAGCCUACCUAGGUAGCAAGGAGAUACUGGAAGAGAUCCAUUGCUCUUCUGAACUCAUGCAAGUACUUAAAGUACACGGCCACAACUUCCCAAGCCCCUGCUGAACGCAAAUCUGCGAUUCUUUUCUCUUCUUCCCUCCUUUUCCAAGAGAAGCACAACCACCGAGGCAAUAGAAAUGGCAAAUUCAAAAUGGGAGUAUGUCAAGCAGUUUGAACAGCCAGACCACCUGCUGCCCAACACUUGGAUUGUGGUGAGGAUAGACGGUCGUGGGUUCACCAAGUUUGCGAGCAAGUAUUCGUGGGAAAAGCCCAACGACAAAAGGGCUUUGGACCUCAUGAACGACGCUGCCAAGGCAGUGGUGACUGAGAUGCCAGACCUGGUCGUCGCGUAUGGCAUCAGUGACGAGUACAGCUUUGUCUUGCACAAGACUUGCUCGCUGUUCGAGAGACGAGAGAGCAAGCUGGUGACCACUAUUGUGUCGACAUUUACAUCUUACUACAUCUACCUCUGGUCCCAGUACUUCCCCGACCGGCCGCUGUCGCCUCCUCUCCCCAGCUUUGACGGCAGGGCAGUCUGCUACCCCUCCGUGCCGAACCUGCGGGACUACAUGAGCUGGCGACAAGCCGACUGCCACAUCAACAACCUCUACAACACAGCCUUCUGGUCCCUGGUCCUUCGAGGGGGGAUGGACAGCCAGCAAGCGGAGAAGGCACUUGCGGGGACAGUGUCCGGGGACAAGAAUGAGCUGUUGUUCUCCAGAUUCGGGAUCAAUUACAACAACGAGCCGGAGAUUUACAGGAAGGGCAGCGUCAUGUUCAGGGAGUACGAGCUGGCUGAGCCCGGGAGCCACAACGCAGCUGCGGAGGCAGAAAGCACCGCCGAGCCGGCUCAGCUGUCCAAAAGCCAAUCCGAGAGGGAGAAAAAGAAGCGUGCCAAGGCCAAGGUUGUAAUUGAACACCUGGAUAUCAUCAAAGAUGAGUUCUGGGAUCGGCGGCCCUGGAUUCUCUCUAACAAGCCCGGGAAGACACGGUCGCAGGUGACGAGGGAAGCAGUAUCGUCGAUCGGGGGUCUGCCGUGAUCGAGGAUCAAGCAGCUCAUCUUGGGAAAGCCCAGCGUGGCCGCCGGCUAUCCAUGCCCGUCCACCUUCUGCCCACGUAGACAGGUAGCAUGGGACUGUAGUGAUAUAGAACAAGAAAAGAGAGGCAGCCACAGAUUUUGAGCGGGUGGGUUCGGCCCGGCAAUCCUGCUUGUUCACUUGGAGCAGCAAGACAAGAUAAGACUGACGAACCAGGAUGUGGGCGUCGGGGUUGAAGCGUGGGUGAUAGGGCCGAGUGAGAGCCGCUUGCCUAUAGGGCCUGAGCGAUGUGACCACUUGGGGUGAAUUGAGACGUGGCAUCAUGAGCUUCCAGCGGCCGGUUUGAGCCACUCAAGAGAGGAACAGAUAGAACAUGGUGGAUGGCAAACGAACAACCAGUGGGCCGCUGGAGUCCGGCUCAUUCG